CAUGCCUUCCCGUCGUGCCACUGUCGAGCAAGCUUGGAAUCCCUUUGCACAUCCUCCAGAGUACAACACUAAUUCUCCGUCAAAAGGCAGGUCAUGAAGACUGAAAGCGAGGCUCCGAAGACCCCAACGCCCACGCAAACUCACGCUCAAACAUCGUAUACUGCACAAUGGGGUACAGCACAUAUACCAAUUGAUCCUGCACUUCAGCAGCAAUCUCAACACGCCACGUCAAGCUGUCUCUUUGUUCCUCUCCGUUCGGAUACUCAAUAUGUACAUCUUAUCCAGAACAACUCCAUAUUCCUACCAGUACACUCACCACUAUCCUCAAGCCGCAUAUUCGCAUUAUUCAUAUGUUCCACAACAACCCCAAGUACAGAGGCCACAGGCCUCAACAACGGCUCCUGUAACAGCAGCAACUACCCAGCCCGCAAAUGUGAAUAAUGGGAUGGAUACCUCCGACGUGGCAACGUUGAAUGAUGCUCUUGGGAGCGCGGGUGUUGAUCUUCGGGCGGAGGAGGAAAGCCUGCAGAGGUCCCAUGACUCGCAUCAGUCAUAUCGAACCUUCGAAGACAGAUCACGCAAACAACCAACUACACCUUCCUUCGACACACGCUUCUUAGGCACCACCAUGCGCUCUAUUGGUACGGAACACAAGGUGACAAAAAUCCCCGAAGACUCGGUGAAUUACUUGGCGAUUGCCCUCCGUGCCCGCCUACAAGACCUCGUUACUACGAUGGUUGCUGCGGCGAACCACCGUACGGACACCCAGUUUGACCGUCCGGCAUCUCAAUAUGAGAACGGCACGUCGAUGUGGAGCAUAGUCGUACAGAGCGAUGUCGCUAAGCAACUAGCUGCAUUAGAAAAGAUUGAGCGAGAGGAAGAGAUGAAAGUUCGAAGAGAACGCAAAGAGCGCGCUGAUAUGGCUGCUGCACAUGCUGCUAACCUCGCCGCGCAAGCGUCAGGCGGCAAUGCCAUGGCCGUAGACGGAGACGAGGAGGGAGGUGCGAAGAAAAAGAAGAAAAAAGAAGGACCAGGUGUAACAGCGAGGAAUAUGUCUGAAGAUGUGCGUAAAAAGAUGUCGAACGCUGUCGCAAGUCAGGCUGCUGGAAUUAGUUCGAAAUAUUCAUGGAUGAACGCUGCAAACGCCUCUACGGCCGCUGCCAAACCGAAGCCUGCAGCAUCUUCGACCGCUACAACAAGUACAGCUACCACUACGACCCCUGCGACUACCACAGCUCCUGCAGCAUCAACAGCUCCAGCAACUUCAUGGGCGCGGCCGUAUAUAGGGGGAAAGAAAGGCAGUCCGACAUCGCCACAAACAGCAGAGGAUGAUGAUCGGAUGUUAAUCACAAUGCGUGAUGCAAUGUUUGCCAUCGAGAAGGAAAGGGGUCAUGGAGGAGGUCGUGGAUCCGCUCGUGGAUGGUCAUAGCCAUUUGUACUUGCUUGUGUUGUUUAGAUCGUCCGUAUGGCUGGUCGCUUGUUUUUAAUGCACCCAUUUCAUAUCUGCACUUGAA